UGUAAAACAAAACUAUGCCGGGUUUGUAACUCGACAAUAAUUGACAACGAAAGAGAGUUACCGACGUUUCCUUCGCAGUUAUCCAGCGAUUUAGUGGAAGAUCUUCUUGUAAAUGUUGACGCAUUUAUAUUUGAUGCUGAUGGUGUACUUUGGCUUGGGAACACUCCAAUUCCAGGAUCUCCAGAAUUUAUAAAAUAUUUGCUUUCGAAGGUAUGGUUACUUUCAUAUUUGUGGUCAAUAUCUGGUUCAAAAUUUUUUGCAGUGUUGGCAGUUGCAGAGAAGUGUCUUAGUUUUGUUAAUGGCGGAGAUGUCGUGAAUCCCGCCGCAAUUGUCUCCGACCUGAUAAAGAAAAACCAGCUACUUCGUAAUAAAAGUGUUUACCUUAUUGGUUCGGAAGGUCUACGUAGCGAGUUAAAGAAAGCUGGCGUUGAUUGUUUUGGGUCUGGUCCAGAUCCAAUGCACGAUAAGGACUUCGACGAUGAUAAACGAGACGUUGGAGCUGUAAUAGUUGGCUUUGAAAAAUACUUUAAUUACGUGAAAAUGAUAAAGGCAGCCAAUUAUCUCCAGAAUGAGGAUUGCCUUUUCUUUGGAACGAAUGAAGAUGAGACAAGUCCAGGUCCUUAUCCAAACACAGUGAUCCCGGAUACUGGUCCUAUCUUAACAGCGGUUAAGUCAGCUUCAGGAAGACAACCUUUAGUGGUAGGGAAACCUCAUGCACCUGCAUUCGAAUACAUUUCAAGACGAUGGAAUCUGAAGCCAGAUAGGACGUUCAUGGUUGGUGAUAGACUAAACACGGAUAUUUGUUUCGGAAAACGUAAUGGGCUGAAGACGCUAUUGGUGCUUAGUGGAUGUCAUACUUUGUCAGAACUGUCGUUAUUUCGAGAAAGUGGCAAUGUUGACAUGGUCCCUGACUUCUAUGCCACUUCACUAGGUAGUCUGGUAGGCUUCUCCUGA